CGUGCGGGAGCUAUGGCGGCCUUGGAGGCGGCGGCGGCGGGUCCCGCGGCUCUGGCGGCGGGUGCCCCGGCCGUCCCGGCGGCCGCGAGGGGAGCCGCCGCCGCCUCGGGCCCGUGGGGGCCCCCCGGAGCCCGACUGAGGGGCAGCCGGCCGCGACCCGCGGCGGCGAUGCAGCGGCCCACGGCCCCGGCGCCUCCGGCCCGGGAGCUGAUCCAGCCGUCGGUGAGCGAGCUGUCCCGGGCCGUGCGGACCAACAUCCUGUGCACCGUGCGCGGCUGCGGCAAGAUCCUGCCCAACAGCCCCGCGCUCAACAUGCACCUGGUCAAGAGCCACCGCCUGCAGGACGGCAUAGUAAAUCCAACAAUAAGAAAAGAUUUGAAAACCGUACCGAAAUUCUACUGUUGUCCGAUUGAAGGAUGCCCUAGAGGCCCUGACAGACCAUUUUCUCAAUUUUCUCUCGUAAAACAGCACUUUAUGAAAAUGCACGCUGAGAAGAAGCAUAAGUGUAGUAAGUGCAGCAAUUCGUAUGGUACGAAGUGGGACUUGAAGAGGCACGCGGAGGACUGCGGCAAGACCUUCCAGUGCACGUGUGGCUGUCCCUACGCUAGCAGAACCGCACUGCAGUCCCACAUCUACCGAACUGGCCACGAGAUCCCUGCAGAACACAGGGAUCCACCUAGUAAGAAAAGGAAAAUGGAAAACUGCCUGCAAAACCAGAAGUUGUCCAAUAAGACCGUUGAAUCAUUGAUCAACCGACCAAUCCCUAGACCAGACACUCAAGAAUUGGAAGCUUCCGAAAUAAAGCUAGUAGCACCUUUCGAAGAUUCUUGCGGCUCUAAUGCCAGAAAACAGACGCUUACAACACCUCCGAAAUAUCCUCAGAAGUUGCUUUUACCAAAGCCCAAAGUGGCUCUGGUUAAACUACCCGUGAUGCAGUUUUCUCCUAUGCCUGUCUUUGUGCCUACAGCCGACUCCCCAGCCCAGCCUGUGGUGUUAGGUGUCGAUCAGGGCUCUGCCACAGGGGCUGUGCACUUACUGCCCUUGUCAAUAGGAACCCUGAUCGUCGGCCUAGAUUCAGAGGCUUACUCUCUUAAGGAGAGCCUACCUCUUUCCAAAAUUGAGCCCGUUAGUACAGGUGUUCAAGUGAACUUGGGUAAAAUUCCAUCUGCUCCUUUACAAGAACUUGGGAACACAUGUCAGAAGAACAGCAUUUCUUCAAUCAAUGUACAGACAGAUCUGUCUUAUGCCUCAGAAAACUUUAUACCUUGUACACAGUGGGCUAGCCCUGAUUCCUCUGUGUCGUCUUGUUCCCAGACUGAUUUGUCGUUUGACUCUCAAGUGUCCCUUCCCAUUAGUGUUCACACGCAAACGUUUUUGCCCAGCUCUAAGGUAACUUCGUCUAUUGCUGCUCAGACUGAUGCGUUUACAGACAUUUGUUUCCAGUCAGGUGGGAUCUCCAGAGAAACUCAAACCAGCGGGAUGCAGAGUCCGACCGAUGACCACAUACAGAUGGACCAAGCUGGAAUGUGCGGAGACAUUUUUGAGAGUGUUCAUUCAUCAUACAGUGUUGCUACAGACAAUAUUAUAAGCAGCAGUUUAGUAGCAGAGACAGUAACUCAUGGUUUGUUGCCUCAGAAUGACCCUAAGACUUUAAAUCAAGAUAUUGAGAAAUCCUCACCCAUUAUAAACUUCAGUGCACAGAAUAGUAUGCUUCCUUCACAGAACAUGACAGAUAAUCAGACCCAAACCAUGGAUUUAUUAAGUGAUUUAGAAAACAUCUUGUCAAAUAAUCUGCCUGGUCAGACAUUGGAUAAUCGUAGUCUUUUGUCUGACACGAAUCCUGGACCUGACACCCAGCUCCCGUCUGGCCCAACCCAGAAUCCCGGAAUAGAUUUUGAUAUCGAAGAGUUCUUUUCAGCUUCAAAUAUCCAGACUCAAACUGAAGAGAGUGAACUUAGCACCAUGAACACCGAACCAGUCUUGGAAUCACUGGACAUAGAGACCCAAACUGACUUCUUACUCGCAGACACCUCUGCUCAGUCCUAUGGGUGUAGGGGAAAUUCUAACUUCUUAGGCCUUGAGAUGUUUGACACGCAGACACAGACUGACUUAAACUUCUUUUUAGACAGCAGCCCUCAUCUGCCUCUGGGAAAUAUUCUGAAACACUCCAGCUUUUCCAUGAGUACUGAUUCAUCUGACACAGAGACCCAAACUGAAGGAAUUUGCACUGCUAAAAACAUACCUGCUCUAGAAAGCAAAGUUCAGUUGAACAGUGCAGAAACACAGACCAUGAGUUCUGGUUUUGAAACCCUGGGGAGCUUGUUCUUCACCAGCAAUGAGACUCAGACAGCAAUGGAUGACUUUCUCCUGGCUGAUUUGGCCUGGAACACGAUGGAGUCUCAGUUCAGCUCUGUAGAAACCCAGACGUGUGCUGAGCUGCACAGAGUCUCCGGCUUCUAACAGUGGAGUCCGUGUGUGGGAUGGCAUUUACCACUUCUUUCUGGAUAUGGAAAAUGGGGAACGGACAACAGUGUUAAUUCUGUUGAAUGUAGUCAGUGAUGCAGUUGAUUCGAUUCUUUGCAGUUCUUGCCCUUUGUACUUGUAAACAUGAAAUUUGUGUAUGAAUGUGAGUGUAUUAUAAAGUGUAAGAUGUUGAUCUAAAAAAUUGUUUUUGUGUUGCCUACAUUUGCCCUUUUACAGCUAGUCUUUCCAUCUU